AUGCCGACCUUCCAACUUGCUGCGACCGAAUCGGAUUUUUGCCCGGCCACGGUGCAUCGCGCCCAGCUGCCUCUCACGAACGCCGUUGCCUUCACCGCCUACAGCCUGCAGGGCUCCACCCUGCCAUCUGUCUCGCUGGACUUUGCAAAGCCUCCACCCAUGACCAGUGAUGACUUUUGGAUGCAUCUUUACGUGCUGUUGUCUCGUGUUGCCACUCUUGACGACCACCUUCUCAUGCGCAGUGUCAUUGAUGGCGGCCCGCCCGCAGGGCUUCGCGGCAGCUUCCCGACGGCCUGCGUGAAGUGGAUGGAACCGAUGGAGAGGGCGGCAAAAACAGAGCUCGACAACAGUUGCAAGAAGGAGCCGACGGAGUCAAAAGCUGUGAAGAAGGGGCGAAAGGUGUAUUGCACCAAAACUGAUCAGGCCAUCAAUGCUUGA